AGCUUAUGUGUGUGUGUUUAUCAGUUUAGUUUUAACGAAGAAAAACAAUCUGCGAUCCUCUGAGUGUUUUUUUUAUUUUUUAUUGCGAUUCCAGUGCCGUUUAGGUACGGGGUGAUAUAUUUCUGCGAUUUCUGUACUCAAGAUGGCGCCCUGGAAUCGAGUCGGGUUUUAGGGUUUGUUUCGCAAGAUUAUUAAACCAAAAAAAAAAAAAGAAGACAAAGGAGCAGCGCCCCCGAGUCGCGCGCGAGCGUGUAACAAGCAUCGUUCUCGAACUGUUACUUUGUCGCGUCGCUCGCUCGGUGUUACAAAUUAACACGAAAGUUAAACCUGCAACAUUAUUCGCUGGAAACAUUUCAAACACAGAUACAAGUGUAACAGAGUUACAGAUUUUAAAGGGAGCACAUAAAACUCUUAUAUUUCACAAUUCACAUAUAACACUGAGUGAAGAUAAUAACAGGACUGUCAAUAAAUUAAACUUAAUUUUUAGAGUGCAUACAGUCACAACUGCCGUGUGCCAGAAGAUAUUUGAGAAAGCUGAAGACUUCAGGUCAGUUUGAUGAAACCCCGUCUCGGUGUGUUUGUGAUGAAGCAGGAAGAGUGUGUCUCGCAGUAGAGGCGGGGCUGAGGAGGAGUGACGGACUCUGACUGGAAAGCGCAGAUUCUCAUCGGGAUCAGCUGAAUCUGGAGUUUGAUCAUCGCUGUUAUUGAGCUGGAACGCAUCUGAGGAAUCUGUCAUUAUGGUGAUUAAACUUUUCAUCGCGUCAUCCUCCGGAUCAACAUCGAUCAAGAAACAGCAGCAGGAUGUCAAGGGCUUCCUGGCAGCCAAUAAGAUCGAGUUUGAGGAAUGUGACAUCGCAGCUGAUGAAGACAACAGGAAGUGGAUGCGAGAACACGUCCCCGAGGAUUCCCGGCCAGCCACAGGGAACCCUCUGCCUCCUCAGAUCUUCAACGAGGACAGAUACUGUGGGAACUAUGAGGCGUUCUUCUGUGCUCGUGAGGACAACGCUGUGUACGCGUUUCUGGGCUUGACGGCGCCUCCAGGCUCAAAGGAAGCAGAAGCGCUGUCUAAGAAAACACAGAUGUAAUCUAGAGAAGAGCUGAUGAACUCCUGCACUUUCUGAUGAUUGAGUUCCUUUUUGUAUCAUUUCUUUUUUCUUUGCAUCCAUGAACUUUUGUGAUGUGAUGAAUGUUAUGAGUUAUUUGUCCACUCAAAAGUCCAUCUUAUUGAUUGAACUGUUCAAACUGAAAAGAAAGCAUUUCUCCUGUCGUCCAAAUAGACAUGAGCAAAGUAGUAUUUUAAUUUGUUGUCAAGAUUUGACGGUUAAUCAUUUUUUUCUAAUGUUUAAGCAUGCAGUUUUUGUUAUAUAUGUUAAUACUUGAAUCUUCUUGAUUAUGUAUGCAGUUCAAGUUACAUUUAAUAUGUGCCCGUAUAUUCAGGGUUUAAAAAAAACGGCCUUUCACACAUUAAAACCUUAAAAGAUCUUUGGAGCAGAAAGUCUCAAAUUCAUGGUCAGGACAUUAAAUGUUUCAUGCAAAAAAAGUAUAAUAAAACUUACUGAAUGAAUGAAAAUAAUUAUAAAAAAUAUAACUGAAUGUCUUCUAUAAUUGAAUAUCAACGUUAAUUUUAUUUCUUUUUUUCCAAUACAAAUAUCUAAACCUCCUUCAAUUUACUUGAGAUGCAACAUGAAUAUAUAUAUAUUGUUGAGAAAAUGACCCCCCCCCCCAAAAAAAAGUGAGUUAUUGCUUAAAACAAGCAAAUAUCUGUCAAUAUCUGUAUCUUGUUUUCCUUUUAAAUAAUUUGAUUUUCUGAGCCCAUCAGCAGAUAUGUCACUUUUUUAAAUCAAAAAUUAUUUUUUUUAUAUAUAUAAUUUUUUCAGAAAACAAGACUUCUUUAUAAAAUAUAUAAAUCUUUUUGUAAAAUUUUUUUGCAUCUGUCUUUAAGACAUUUAAGCACUGGAAAACAAGACAAAAAUUCUGCAGAAGAACAGCACUUUUGUGCAGUGUGAUCAGAAAACAGUAAAACUUACAUGUGAUCAGGUACAGUAAAAGUUAUUUCAGUAUUUUAGUUUUUUUUUAUAUAUAUAUAAAAUUAAUUAAAAAGUAUUGAAGAUUGGUUGGAAGUUGUAUUUUAAAACUUUAAAGUGCUACUAACACGGCUCAUUGUGUUCUCUUUAGACGUUUACAUUUUGAGAACAUACUGACAUAUUAUGUUCCCUUCCAUUUAUUUCUUAAAUAUUGUUUAACUGGGUCUUUAAAAAAGGUUUUAGAAACUCUUAAAUUUUGGCAAUGAUAGUUUGCAUUUUUUGUAUGUUUAAAUAUUCUUUUUAGUUAUAUUUUACAGGUUUUUUCAUUAUUUUUACUAAAAGAUUUAUGUGUAUAUUUCAUACUGCAUGUUUUCCUCAAGUAUCCUUCAUGUACUAAUAGAGUUCAUUUUCUAUUUUUAAGGGCAAAUUACUAAACACUUUUAUAUAUAUAAUGUGUAAGGUAUACAUUUUCAAAACUCUUAGUACAAAAAUCCAAACGACCACACCAGCUGUCAUUCUUUCAGAUCCUGAGCUCAUGCUUUCAUUGCAGCUGAACACAUUUUCACACAAGAUAAUUUUAACAUGUAAUAAGAACAUUUGAUAUGAAUGUUUUCUGUACAGUAAUUUACAGUACAUUUGGCAGUCUCUACCAAGGUAAGGCCAUUGUUUACACUGCCGGUUUUUGAUAUGACAGCUGCCAUCUGUCUGUCUCCAUCUACCCUUAUGCAAAGAAAAUAUAUUUCCUUAUAUAUGAAUGAUCAAUAUAUUAAAUGAUUUAACAAAAUAUAUUGUGUUAAUAUAUUGGAAUACACUGAAUAAUACAUAAGGAAUUGCCACUUAAAAUGUGUGACAAUAUAUUUACUUAAAUAUCAUAAUGUAUGUAAUCCUAUAUUCAGUAAUGCACUUCAUAACAUAUAGAUGUACAUGUGAUACAAGAUGGUACUGCAUGAGAAUAAAUAUAUCAAACUUGA